AUGUCAUCUUUACGGAAACUGGAGAAUGAAGCUUUGGCCCGGGUCGAAGAAGCCAAGGCGGCACGUUAUCGACCUCCUUACCAAGUAGAUCCAAGCUGUCUCUCUGGUGAUCAAUCGGAUGAGCCAGGCGUCGCCACCUUGUCCAAAGCCCUGGCAUCAGCUUUAGCCACUGCGAAGACAGAUCACUCCAUCUUCAAAGCCAGAAGGCACAACCUAUCUUCAGAAGUGCUGGAGCGAUUUCGUCUAGAAAGCGAGAGAGAUAUCCAGACUCAGUAUACGCCUUUCAUAGCAGAAAUCCUCAGAGAGAUCGAAACUCAGGCUGAAGGAGCCAAGGACGACGAAAUCUCAUACUCGACUUUCGGCUCCGGAUAUCGAGUAUCUGUCGAGCGCAAGGACGAUCAAGGGAGCAAUUUUGUCUUGGAGUAUACCACCGAAAGUGGAACGUACAUCCUUCCUGUUAGUUGGGUCAAAUAUUCUAACAAUAAGUACUUCACAGAGAUUUUGUAUGGUAAAUCGGUCUCAAAGCUUUCGAAGGGCUCUAAAGACGAUACUUGCAUCCCUCCAUCCGUUACAUCUUCAUCGGGUGUGAGUUGA